AUGAUACUAUGUUCGGUGCUUGUGGUCAGAGCACAGGUAGUGUUUGAGUGCACGGAUAAUGAUCAAUCCAGCGGACCAUUUCCCCACCAAUACGAUUGCAGCCUGUACUACAUUUGUUCGGUAGGGAAUAUAUACCUGAUGGCAUGUUAUGACGGAUACCACUUUGCUGUCGCGACUAAACGGUGUGAACCACCGGAAGUAGCACUGUGUGACGCAAGCUACACAACAUCAUCAACACCACCAACGGCACCUUCAGGACCAACACUGCCAACUUCGCCACAGCCAACGUUUCCGUCGAGUACAACUACGCCAGAAACAACGUCAACAAUGGCUUCAACAACCACAUCACCGGAGUCGACAACCACAACCACCUCUGCAGGGGAAACAACAACAGCUUCCGAGAUUACCGACACUCCACCAACGGUUACAACGACAGAAGAUGACACAUCAACUACUACAACUUCUUCUUCAGCCGAAACAACAACAGCUUCCGAGAUUACCGACACUCCACCAACGGUUACAACGACAGAAGAUGACACAUCAACUACUACAACUUCUUCUUCGGCCGAAACAACAACAGGUUCCGAGAUUACCGACACUCCACCAACGGUUACAACGACAGAAGAUGACACAUCAACUACUACAACUUCUUCUUCAGGCGAAACAACAACAGCUUCCGAGAUUACCGACACCCCACCAACGAUUACAACGACAGAAGAUGACACAUCAACUACAACAACGAGUUCGACUGAGACCACAUUCGCAGUUCCAACGGUAGGAACUGCGGGGCCACCGACGGCAGAAACUGCUGAAACUUCAACGACCACGGCCGAACUAACAACACCUUCUGAAGUAUCCGGUACUACACCAACGAGUUCGACUGAGCCCGAAUUCACGCCUCCGACGGUACCAACAGCUGCGUCAGCGACGGUUCGAACUGCUGGUUAA